GGCUGCAACUUAAAUAUAAGGUCAGUCGGGUUGCAAAAAGAACAGCCAUUGAUUUGAAAUUGCUCGCACGCAGCACACACACUGCGUACAGUGGAGCUAUUUCCGACAGGCUGUUCACAGGGCUGACAUCACUGAUGUCAUUGCGCACGCCUCGCCACGCGAUGACAUGGGCCGGGAAAAUCGGAAAUUAAGGGGUGCCACUCGGGAAUCGUGGCACCCCAUUUUUUGAACCUCAGAACCGGUAAUGACCGAGAAAUUCGGAAGUUGGCACCAAAAUGUCUCUGGACGAGUUGAUAUACUUGGCGGUACUGUUUUCCUCCAUCCUAAUUGGAUUUUUCUUUAAACGUACAGGUCCUCGAGAGAAGCAGCUUGGAUCAACGGGACUCGGUUUGCUUGUCACCUUAGCAACCUGUAAUAUCCACAUACUCCAUUCAUUGAUCACCAUACUAGGAACAUGGAUUAUUCUCAAAACUGCAAAGAGAUACUGUCCGAGUCUCACCCUCUUCUGGACUUUCUCCUAUCUGUUUUUUUUCCGCAUGGUAACAUAUUUUGGAUUGCCAGCACAUACGCCCUUUGCUAAUGCUGUCCAGCUCCUUCUAACUCUUAAGUUGGUAAGUGUGGCCAGUGAUAUCCAAGAAUUCCGCCAGGUGAAGAAACAAGAAGUGACUUCAUUCAGCAAAUCCCCCCUGACUGGUCUGAUUUCCAGCGAGCCUAGCAUGUGGGAAUUACUGUGCUACAGUUACUGCUACAUUGGAAUAAUGACAGGCCCUUUCUACCGUUAUCGGACCUACCAAGACUGGUUGAACCAAAUUGACUCUCUAACCAUUCCCAGCUGGGAACCUUUCCUUUUGCGUCUGAAGAUGGCUCCAGUCUAUGGCAUCUUUUUCCUACUUGUAUCAUACCUUUUCCCACUGGAGUAUGUGAAGUCUGAGGAAUUUGAAGAACGGGCUUUUCUGUUUCGUCUGUUCUACAUGAUGCCUGUCUUCUUUGUGUUCCGUAUGCGUUUUUACGUAGCCUGGAUCUUUGCUGAGUGCAGCUGCAUUGCAGCAGGUUUUGGUGCUUACCCUAAGGAGGCCAAGUCUCGAUCUGGUGGGGGUCCAACUGUGGACUACAGUCCAGCUGAAAGGGCUGCUGAUGAAUCAUCAGAAGUAGUGCAAUAUGAUUAUGAGACCAUUAAAAACAUAGACUGCUACAACACCGACUUCUGCGUGAAAGUGAAACAUGGCAUGCGUUACUGGAACAUGAGUGUUCAGUGGUGGUUGGCACAGUACAUCUACAGGAACGCACCAGUAAAGUCCUUUAUCUUCAAGAGUGCCUGGACAAUGCUGAUCAGUGCAUACUGGCAUGGAAUCCACCCUGGCUACUACCUUAGCUUCCUUACCAUCCCACUGUGCCUCGCUGCCGAGGAUGCUAUGGAAAGAGGGCUGCGUGAACGUCUCUCUGCUACUGGAAAGUCUGUCUUUGACUGGGUCCAGUGGUUCUUCAAGAUGAGGUCUUAUGACUACAUGUGCAUGGGAUUCGUGCUUCUUACGUACAGUGAGACCAUGCGUUAUUGGCGCUCCAUUUAUUUCUUGAUACAUGUUUUGGCUGUUGGUUUCUUGUUGCUGGGGAAUGGUCUUGUAUUCCUGGAAAAAGCAAAGAGAAAGAGCAAGCGUGAAAGAGAUGUGACAGCUGAACAAUGCAUCCAGUAAAGGAGCCUGACCAUUCUAUAUUACAGAGUUGGCCUGGAGGCCCACUGUCUUUUCCUGGAAUAAGCAGUUUAUUUUUAUUUUUUAAUUAUCUCCAAAAAUUGUUUAUAUCAACAUAAUACUUUUUGUGCUGUUGGCAUAUGUCUACUGUCACAGAAAUCUGUUAGAGUAAUGUUAACCAGGUAGAGUCUCUCUCCUCUCAGAACCUCUACUCUGCUUCCUGGUGAGGAAGUUAAUCAUUCAUUGAGGUUGCUUCAUUUAUUCUGUAUGCAUUACCAUGUACCCUUCCUUUUAUAACUGUCUGUCUCCCUGUAUUGCAGUUGUUAUUCCCUUCUGUUUUUUGUAUUGCAGUUACUUGGUGCUUUAGAUUUUAAGAUGUUUAUUACGUGGCUGAGGUGCCUGCAGUGGGGUAUGUAUGAAGCUGCGUAAUUUUCUGAACUCUUAUAAUAAAAAAAUUCUUGGAGAGUUACUCAUACAGUAAAUCAUAGUAUUUGGGUUUACCCAUCUUGUGUGCACUUUCCAGGGUAUAAAUCUCCAUCAGUUUUGCUUAAGUCUGUAUGAAGACUAGGUUUUGUCUUGUAGCGGUUUCCCAUUGAAUCUUGGCUGGUGUCCAGGGUGCACAUAUAAAGUUAGUGUUACUGGGAUCUUUUGUUCGUUAUUUCUUCUCAUCACUAUCAGUGUUUCACAUCCUGCUAUAGUUCUGGAUUAAUUGGAAUCCCAUAGUACUUUAUGCACCGUGAUAAGUAUUUGUUUUUCCUCAAAGAUCAGCUAUCAGAUGUUAUUAAAGUAUUGUUUUGUAUUUCUAUUAA